UAUUUCUUUAUUGCCCCCUCACCCCCCGCUGAUAUCAUUCUACAGCUCAUCCAGCUUGCCCACUCUUCACUUGGCUCUUAUUUAUUCUCUGGUAGAUUCAACUAUUCACUACCUUUUGCGCCACUUCAACGAUCAAGAUGUCUCUUUGUCUGAAUCGCCUGACGGAAGAAAGAAAGCAGUGGCGACGUGACCAUCCUUUCGGAUUCUACGCGAAGCCUUAUCGAACCCCUCAGGGUGUGUUGGAUUUGAAGCGCUGGGAGUGUGGCAUCCCGGGAAAGGCGCAGACUCUCUGGGACGGCGGACUUUUCAAGCUCGAUGUUACUUUUCCAGACGAAUACCCGACUAAGCCUCCAAAGUGCAAAUUCGUCCCUCCUCUAUUUCACCCGAAUGUUUACCCCUCAGGCACCGUCUGCCUUUCAAUCUUGAACGAGGAAGAAGCCUGGAAACCUGCCAUCACCAUUAAACAAAUUCUGCUUGGCAUCCAGGACCUGCUCGAUGACCCCAAUCCGGAGUCGCCUGCACAGGCGGAGGCAUACAAUCUGUUCAAGAAGGAUCGGCCGGCAUAUGAGAAACGGGUGAGACAAGUUGUGAAGGAUAACCCAACGCUUUAA